AUGUGUCCCCGGGCCCUCCGCCUGCUUCGGGGGCUGUGCCUCUGGUUGAGCCUGGGGCUGCCGGGCACCCUGAGCGGGAACCGGAGCUGCGUCUUCUAUGAAACCCCCCACAACCUGCAGGGCUCCAUGCGGCACCAGGGGCGUCUCCUGGCGGGCGCUGAGCACGGCACCAUCCUCUGCCACUCCAGCCACUGCUGCUUUGGGAUCUGGAACCAAAGCCACGGCCGGCUCCAAGCGGUGAUGCAAGGUUGCUGGGGCAGCGACCGAGAUGGCUGCGACUCCCCAGCCUGCAAAACCAGCCCCGUCCACACCGCCGGGGUCAUCUUCCAGCGCUGCCUGUGCCGCUCCGACUUCUGCAAUGCCAACGUCAGCCAGCUUGGGGCCCCUGCAGUGCCGCAAGCCUCGGCUGGGUCUGCUCUGACGGGCAUCACCUGGAUCGCCGUGGCCUGCUCGCUGCUGUUCUUCCUCAGCUGUCUGGCCUUCCUAGUGCUGAGAAGGGUGAAGGUCUGUGCAGUGCUGUUGUGCCAGGAGGAGAGCGGCAAGCUGACCAAAGUCACCAUAGACCCCCAUUCCAGCCGUGAGAGGGAACUCCCCAGCCAGGAGCUGUCAGCGCUCCAGUUCCUCCAGGUGCUCCAGGAUGGGCGCUUCUCCGUGGUGUGGCAGGGCACCCUGCACCAGACGCCCGUUGCAAUCAAGGCCUUCCCCGACGCCUGCUCCCAGCACUUUGCAGCCGAGUGGUCCGUGCACAGCCUGCCCCUGAUGAACCACGACAACGUGGCCCGGCUCCUGGCAGCUGGGCGAGGAGGGGUGCGCGGGGAACAAGGGAGCCUGUUAGUGCUGCAGCUCUACCCAGCGGGUUCCCUGAGACACUUCCUGAGCCAGAACGUCAGCACCUGGGACGCCACCAUCAGACUGGCCCUGUCGCUGGCCCGGGGGCUGGCCUUCCUGCACGAGGAGCUCUGGCACAACGGCCUGCACAAACCCAGCGUGGCACACCGGGACCUGAGCAGCCAGAACGUGCUGGUGCGGGAGGACCAGAGCUGCGCCAUCGGCGACUUCGGCCUGGCCACGGCGCUGCCCGCGUGCCUGGAGCAAUGGGGCGGCGGCCGCAUGGAAGCUGCUGUCAGGAAGGCAGGGACCCAGCGGUACAUGGCCCCCGAGAUCCUGGAUGACAGCCUGGACCUGCAGGUCUGGGGCCGCGCGCUGAAGCAGGCUGACAUCUACUCCCUGGCCCUGGUGCUCUGGGAGAUCCUGUCGAGAUGCUCGGGGCUCUCCCCAGACUGCGGGGUCCCUCCCUUCCAGCUGGCCUACGAGGCGGAGCUGGGCAGCAGUCCCACGUAUGGGGAGCUGAGGAGACUGGCCGUGGAGGAGAGGAGGAGGCCAGCCAUCCCCGACUCCUGGAGGGGGACAGGCCAGGUCUCCAUCUGCCUGCGGGAGCUGCUGGAGGACUGCUGGGACCCCGACCCCGAGGCCCGGCUGACGGCCGAGUGCGCCCGCCAGCGGCUCCAGUCCGUGGGAGCCGAGUUGCCGGCGGGGGUGUGCUGA